AGGCAAAUUUUUUCCGCUCAAACCGCCGUUAUCACCCACUAUCCUUCUGGAAGCGGAAGUGUGACUCGCGUUCUCUCCAUUCCGUUUCGACUUUCAAUCUUUACUGAUCGGAUCGAUCGCCAUCGAUGGCGGUCUCCUCUCUUCUCUCUUUUGUCUCCGCCUUCCACCUCCCCUUCUCAUCCCCAAUUCACCACCUUCGCCGAAGAGCCCAUCCUCCCAUCUCCAUCUCCACCAGUCCCUCUCAUGUCGACGUCCUCCGUCUCCGCGACCUCUUUGCCUCCGCUGGACACUCUUGUCACCGCUUUCCAGCUUCGGUUGGCGAAGGUCCCGUGGAGCUUGCCGAUCUCGGAAAGCUGCAGAGAGCCAUCUAUCACAGCUUCAUCUUGGUCUCCGUGUUCUGCCGCGCCAUGUUCUUACCCUCCACCGGCGCCGCCAUUGAAGAGCGCUCAGAUGAGACAUCAGCAGCUCUUGGUUUUGAGCAUUUUUUCGAGCGGAGUUUCUGGGCGCCAGGUCCUGACCACCAUUUGAUUGGAUUUGGUCGAGCAGUGUCGGAUGGGGGAUUGACAGCUUCCAUUCAUGAUGUAGUGGUCAUCCCUUCACUGCAGAAACGAGGUAUUGGUCAAAAGAUUGUUGAGAAAAUAAUCAGGAUCCUCACCAAUAAAGGCAUCUAUGAUAUUUCGGCUUUGUGUUCUGAAAAGGAGAGGCUCUUUUUUGAAGCAUGUGGGUUUGGAAAGGAUCUUCUUGAUUCUACCACGAUGAUGUACACCAGAACAGCCUCAAGUGAUCAAAAGGGUAAAUUCAUGGUCAGAAGUGCAGGUCGCCUGCAGCUGGUGGUUCCUCGCCCUCUUGAGCUUUACCCUUCUGGGAAGGAUUACUGUGGAGGCUAAUAAUCUUAGUGAGGCUCGAACAAAGCUCAUCAGGACAGUCAUACUAUUUGAAAUUUUGACGUUUUGGAAUUAAGUUUCUCAUUUCAAUUAGGUUGACCUAACUUUAAAAACCACCAUACAUGUCACUUAAAUUUUAAAUAUUGAAAAACUAUUAUAGGGGUCGUCUUCAAUAAUUGUG